AUGCAGCGCUGGGAGUUCGGGGGCGGCUGGUUCCUCGGCGUCGAGCGGUGCACUCACUGGGCCUGCUGCGAAGCAGGUGGGCGUGGUGGCGACGGGAGGGUGGUCAAAGGCCUCAUCACGACAGUGAACGUGUCGAGUGGCGGCCCUCUCAUCAAGUAUUUAGCAGCUGGCCCGCCCAGCUCCAUCAUUGCUGUGCAGGAGCAUCAUGGUACACUGUCUCGGCUGAGUUCGUUGCAAAAUCAGGCGAAGGAUCUCGGCUAUCAUGGAGUUUGGAGUGCUGCGGUGCCAUCAGAUGGUGGUGGGACCUCUAAUGGAGUGGCUAUCCUCACCAAGACGCACAUCUCGGUCACGGCGGCGCCCUACUUCGACCAGGACAUCGCGCCUG